CACAGUCUGACACACACCUAUGAAGCACAGGAGAGGUGAGUCGGGACAACAGGUGUCUUAGAGUCCUGAGCUUAAAGUCAAGCUUAAAGUCAGACGCUUUAAAAGGAAUCUGAAUGAAAAUCUACAGAACGGAUUGAUUUAUUCUCACAUAUUUCAUCUUGACACUGAUCUAACUUUAUGUCAGAGGACAAAGCUUUCCUGGCACAGAGGACUGAACGUGUUCGAACAUUUCUGAUUAAUUUAUAUUGCAACGGUGGCUGGAUCCUGGUGACUUUUGUUUUGGUCUUCACUACUGCAAACACUUUGAAAACUGGGGUGAAUACAGAACUGAUAAAGGAUUAUUAUUUUUUUUUUAAAGAAAAUUCUGGAUUAUCCAGUUUGAGUACCACAGCUUUUGUGUGUGUUUUUGUUUUGUUUUUUCCCAAUGACUUAUGUAUUUGUGUGAAAUACACCUUGACACCUGAGACUUCGUGUAAGGAGGAAAAUCCAAGUGGACUAUGGCAGUGUUGAGUUGUUUGAGGAUUUUACUUAUCUGGAAUUGGUUGGUCUGCGUAAAUGGAGGAGAAUUUGUGAAACCCCCAAGCUCAACUGUAUAUGCAUCAGCAGAAGAAAAUGUGGUUCUGCCCUGUAAGUUCCUGCCAUCAGACAGUGACGUGGUCAUUCAGGUUAUAUGGAUGCAUGUGAAGCCAGAUGGGACCGAAGAGCAGAUCAUAACUGCUCAUCAUGUGGAUGGACAGCUAGAAUCUGCUGCUUACGCGGGCCGUGUGCGCUUUGAAGACAACAACCCCAUAAUAAACUCCGCUCUGAUUAUCCUCAACACAGAGCUUUCAGACGAGGGACGCUAUACCUGUACGAUUGCUACAUUUCCUAGUGGAACUGUAAAGACUCAAGUGUCUCUUACUGUGUGGACGAAACCCAUCUCCACAUUGGACCCUAUUAUUCUAGUGGAGGGACAGUCGUUUCGGCUGGCUGCCACAUGCCGUGCAAUGGCUAAACCUCAACCGGGUCUCUCAUGGGACACAGAGCUACCAGGCCAGAGCCAGAAUCGCAGUCUGGACAACAGUGUCACCUCCAUCCAGUACUCCCUUCACCCUCUGAGGAGUAUGAAUGGGCGCAAGCUGGACUGUCUGGUCUGGCACCCGUCUCUAAACAGUCCACGAAGACUCACCAAUCACCUUGUAGUGCACUACCCUCCGGAUGCAACAAUCUUGGGUUAUGAUGAGAACUGGUAUGUGGGUCUGGAGGGUGCGCAACUCCAGUGUGACGCUGGAGGAAACCCCAAACCACACAAUUUCACCUGGACCAGGAAAGAUGGCGAUUUACCAGACGGCGUCACCGUGGAGAAGGAAAUACUGCGAUUUGACAGGCCUCUUAGAUUAACAGACAAGGGAGUGUACGAAUGUGUAGCCACCAAUAUUGUGGGGUCUGGGAAAAUGGACAUGGGAAUAGAAAUAACAGAGGAACCAACAAAUCAGACAUCUUUCAACAGCCUCCUGCUGAUCAUCAUCGGAGGAGUUUCGGUGGUGUUGGUGCUUAUUUUAGUGAUUGUCGUAAUAACAAUAAACCGACAUCACAAACGAAAAACCAGAAAACUGACAAGGGAGCUGGAUGAGAAAAAGGAAGAAAUUUCCACUCUAUCCAGACAGGCCUCAAUCAGAAGAGUUGCCUCAAACAGCAUAGAUACUAAAUACCAGUUGGAAGAAAACAUACCAUUAAGAGUCGAAGGAACAAUACGGACCAGUCUCAGUUCAUUGGAGCAUCCCUGCUCUCGAGACAGUCAUUCCACUUUAGGAGGAUUAGACUUUAUGGGUCGACCUGUCAUUCUUAACACAUCCAGACGAAGCAGGGAGCGAAUGAUCGACAGAGAGAAAGAUGGAGAGAGAGUUUCUAGUCGACUGAAAAUGGAUCCGUAUGCCAUAAACAGCGAUGCGUCACUGGUGUAUUCGGACAGCCACUUCCACCCACCUCUACAGCCUUCCACUUUUCCAAUGGAGCAGACUGCUGAAAUUAUCAGGUCUCGGAACGGUAGCGCCAUUCUACCAGCAGAUGGCAGACCGCAAUCAGGAGGAGGCAGCAUAGCUAGCAGCAGAGCAAGCACCAGAGGGACUCAUUCACAUUUAAUUUCAACCUACCCCAUACCUCCAGAUGACGAAGACGUGAAACCUGCUGAUGAGGGGUCAGAAGUUUCCAGGGGCCAAAUAGAACCUGAUGGUAUGGACAACGGAGGCAGCGAGACUGCAAGCUCGCAAAUAUCCGAGGCAAUGUCCAAUCACUUUGAGCAUACUAAUGGUACACUAUGGCCUAAGUCGAAACCCAACAACAUCUUACUAGUACCAGAGAACAUUCGAUUAAUGUCUGUCCAUUCAAACAUGAUUCAUAACUCGUCUCAGAUAGUGUAGCUGUCAGACUGCAGCCCUCGGCACCAUCGUUGAGCCACCACAGAAUGCCAAGCAUUGAUACGUUUUGGGAGACCUUGGAGAAAUACUGAGAUUGGAGCUUUGGCAAGUGAACUAUCUCGCUUGAAUGUUUCAAAUCCAAACUAGGUGACAUACUCAACUGUACUACUCGUACAAAUGGUCAUUGCAACUUUAGCAAUUUAUCAUCUGUAAAAAAAGAUCUAUUUUUAUAUGGUAUAUACUUGGAUUAAGUGGUAUUAAGUGUGACUUUCCCUGACUGCAUGUUUCAAAGGCGCACAUGCUUUUUUUUUGGGGGGGAUGAGUAUUGGACUGCGUCACUUUCAAUGAGAAAGACAGAAAAGCUGUGACUGUGAAAUAAUGUCAUGACAAAGAGAGUGAACUGCGUCCUCCUGUGCUUCUCGCCAUGCAGUUGUUACUGUGUUCACAGCACCAACCUGGGGAUUAAACCUUUGUUUACCUGGAAGCGUUUCUUUCUAACACUGAUGAAUUACAGUGGCAUGACCUGUGAGCUAUGUCUUCUUAUUACUGUAUAUAAACGUCACAGUGUAUGCUGACAUGAAGUAUUAUUAACUAUAUUUGUAAAUGUCUCGUGUGAAUAGCUUUUCCAGACUGGACUGGAUUAAGCCAAGGGCAUAACUUUUUUGUUUAGGGUUUAAGCCUUAAAAGUGUGCUUUGAGCAAACAUAUUACUACAUGUAAAGGUUUAAACCUCUUACACACUAAGGAACCAUGGAUGGUUCAAUACUUCAACUCCUCACACUUAUAAUGCGAUAUUAACCUAAUCAUUUUGCAUGUAGUUGCUGGAUGACGUGCCUUAAGGUUCAGGGAUGUAAAGGAGAAGAAAGCUUAGGCCAAUAACUUUAAUAACUUGCAGAGCUUCUUUAAAAAAAUAAAAAGUAUUCAAUGCCUUAUCUCCAUAUAUGAGGACAAGCUUCAGUUACAGUUUACAAAUGUGUAUGCCAUUUUUCUGUGCUGCUGGAUAGUGCUUGGAGUUUGGGAAAUGGUGCUAGGUAUAGAGUAUGUGCUUGUAAAUGUAAAAUAAUAUGCAGUAUAAUAUUGUGUGUGUCUGUAUUUCUAUACUGUAUGUUUGCAGUUUUGUUGACAGAUUAUUGUCCUCUGUGAUGAUUUGUGCUUAUUCCUGGACACGGUGGACAAAUCAAAAGGAGCAUUAGAAGAAAAAUACAAAAUUCAUCAUUCACUGAGCUUCUGUAACCGCUUUAUCCUGGUUGGGGUCAUGGUAGAUUCGGAACCUAACCUAGGAAAACCAGGUGUGAAACAGGAACACAUCCUGGAUGAGAUGAGAGUUCACUAUAGGAUAAGGAUACAGGAAGGUGUUUUCCAUUGGGGGUGCGGAAAUUUUAAGCAGCAUACAGUGCAUGAGUCAUGCGCUGUGACAUCACACCGCAUUUUUUUUGCCACAAAAUUCUACACAAAAUAGCCCAUAAUGACAAAGUGAAAGCAGGUUUUUAGACAUUUGUGCUAAUUUAUUAAAAAUCAAAAUGAAAAUAUCAUAUGUACACAAGUGUGUACACCCUUUGAUAUGACACCCAAAAGUGAGCUGAGGUGCAUUUUGUUUCCACUGAUGUUGCUUGAGAUGUUUCUACAACUUAAUUGGAGUCCACCUGUGGUAAAUCCAAUUGAUUGGCCAUGAUUGGGGAUUGCCAACACCUGCCUAUAUAAGGUCCCACAGUUGAGAGCAAACUCCAAGCCAUGGGGUCAAAGGAAUUAUCUGCAGACCUCUGAAAUAGGAUUAUGUCGAGGCAUAGCUCUGGAGAAGGGUACAAAAAAAUUGCUGCAAAUUUACAAGUCCCAAAGAGCACAGUGGCCACCAUCAUUCGUAAAUGGAAGAAGUUUGGAACCACCAAGAAUCUUCCUAUACCUGGCCACCUGGCCAAACUGAGUGAUCAGGGAAGACGGGCCUUGGCCAGGGAGGUGAGCAGGAACCCGAGGGUCACGCUGACAGAGCUCCAGCGUAUCCUUGUGGAAAUGGGAGAACCUUUCAGAAGAUCAUCCAUCCAGGCAGCACUCCACAAAUCAGGCCUUUAUGGUAGAGUGACCAGACGGAAGCCACUCCUUAGUAAAAGGCACAUGACAGCCUGCUUGCCAAAAGGCAUCUAGAGGACCCUCAAACCAUGAGAAACAAGAUUCUCUGGGCUGAUGAAACCAAAAUUGAACUUUUUGGUCUGAAUACCAGGCUUCACAUCUGGAGGAAACCAGGUACCGCUCAUCACCUGGCUAAUGUCAUCCCUACAAUGAAGCAUGGCGGUGGCAGCAUUAUGAUGAUGUGGGGAUGUUUUUCAGCAGCGGGAAUGAGGUGACUAGUCCUGAUAGAGGGAAAGAUGAAUGCAGCUAAGUACACCGAGAUCCUUGAAGAAAACCUGCUCCAGAGCACUCUGGACCUCAAACUGGGGUGAAGGUUUACCUUCCAACAUGACAACAACCCGAAGCGCACAGCCAAGAGAACAAAGGAGUAGCUUUGGAGAAAGCCUGUGAAUGUCCUUGAGUGGCCCAGCCAGAGCCCAGACCUGAAUCCAAUUGAACAUCUGUGGAAGGAGCUGAAAAUGGCUGUGUACCGAUGCUCCCCAUCCAACCUGAUGGAGCUUGCAAGGAUAUGUCAAGAGGAAUGGGCAAAAAUGUCCAGAAACAAGUGUGCCAAGCACAUAGCUUCUUUCCCAAGACGCCUUGAAGCUGUAAUUGCUGCCAAAGGUUCAUCAACCAAGUAUUAGGCUAAGGGUGUGUACAGAUAUGUAACCCCUAAAUAACAUAUUUUUGUCAGUAAAAUAAAAUUGCAUAUUUUCUAAAAACCUGUUUUCACUUCAUAAUUAUUGGCGAUUGUGUGUAGAUGUUUGAGGCAAAAAAUUAACUCAAUCUAUUGUAGAAUAAGUCUGUAACAUAAUAAAACGUGGAGAAGGUAAAAGGGGUGUGCAGACUUUCCGGCUUGACUGUAUAACAAAGAACAGUGUAUAACUGUUGAUAUGGUAAAGUUUCCUGCUAGGAGGCAUUUAUUUAACAUUAAGCAAGGCAUGUCAUUGCUUAGUAAUAGUCAGUAUAUUUCCCCAAUGUGGGAGUUACUGUACUUCCUGUUCUCACUAACAUUAUAGCAGCUAUAUACACUCACUUCCUCACAAGCCCCUCUUUUUGAAGUUAAUGAGACAAAAUGCAGCUUGUCAUGUUACAGAUAAACUGGAACGAGUAAACUCCUCUGUCCCGAAGACUCGAGUCUCAUUGAUGUUCUAUAACAUUAAAUGUAACAAGGACCAGUUUAAAAAUGUGAUGUUCAUUAAUAAAUGAAAAAAAUUGUAAUAA